ACAACGAAGGCGAUGAUGGGCCUAGGCCUAAUGACGGAGAACAACCGAAGGAUGAAGAUGGGAUAUCUCCAGAAACUUUUCGCAAAAGACUGACGGGGAACCUAAGUGUAGAUCAAUGGUGAGUGGUUUUUGUUUUCGCUGUUUUUUAAAUAGUUCAAAUUAUCCAACCUUUCAUGUCGGUACAACGAUACAACUGCAGCUCUUUUUUAGGUGUGUGUGCAGCAAAUGCUCAGCAGCGAACUUGGAAAGUGCCAGAGAGUACCGUUGCUGCCAUGAAGUGGCACCUGCUUAUGGAAAAGUCGUUUUUAACCGCCAGUCGUUUUAACGGUAAAUAAAGUGUGUGACCCUUCAUGAAGACUACAGGGCUUUUACAAAUUUAAAUGUCCUUAGAAACGUUGGUCCAUUGCUUUGGAAAAAGGAUGGAAAGCCCUACAAGAAAAGGGCAAAUGUAACAGAAAAUGAGUAUCUUCGUGCAGUUUCUUAUCGCUGGUUAGCACGCUGGAUAUUUGGAUACAUGGGAUGGGACAAUACACGGCCUCUGCCUGCAUGCAUUUAUCAUAACGUCCGUGAAAAGCCAGAAGAUUGGAUAUAAAAUGCAGAAGAACGUAACUAAUAACAUAGAUUAUCUUUAUACAAUUAGCUUUUGUUAUAUUUAAUUUCAUGCAAGUGUAUAUAAUUCUUUAAGUCAUUCUUUGCAUAAAGUCUUUGCAUAAAUUCUUUGCAUCAACUUUAAAUGAAAAGGCAAAU